AUGGCGGCGCUGAGGCUGUUUGAACGCAAGCUUGAUACUGUGGCAAGCACGAGCCCUGCGCCACCACACCGUCUCUACGUGUUCGGCGACUGCAUCUAUGAGCUUUCCAGCCUGCCGGGGAGCCACACAAGUAAGGGCGCAGGUGAGCCGCCCUCGAAGCCACCCGUCAGCUGCUCUGCCGCGGCGCCGACAACUGGAGCCGCGGCGCUCAGGAGUGGCAGUGGCAACGGCAUGGAGGGUGGCACCCAUACGCGUGUACCACGUGCCGAGGCCGGCAUCGCUUUAUCUUGUGCCGAAGACGGCACGCGUCCGCCCGCAAGCACUUCCUACCCGUCCAUCGUCAUUCAGUUUGUGUGUCCGAUCCCGCAUGCCCAGCUGAACCGAUACAACAACCUUGACCACGCACUCAGCACAGCGUUGCGGGAAGUGGCACCUCACUGCACAUACGGCUUGCCUUCUCCCAUCCCUGCAGAGGCGGCAUCCGCAGCGGCAGCGUCGCUCUCCUCUAUAGCUCUGUGCAUUCCAGCCUACGUGACGCCCAAAGAGAGAUGCGCAGCGGCCGCGUUCGCCGCCGAUCUGAGCCUGCAUGCUCUUCGACCGGUCCUUGAGGGACUUCUCCAGCACAGCAGCGCUACCAUGCAGCAGGAGUGUUUGCUGCUGCUGCCUCACACCGAGACCAUGACGGACACGGCCGCUUCACAGCCGGUGGUCGACUCAGCGUCUAUCUUCUCUGCUGCAGCCCUCUUCGUCACGGCAACGCCGACGCCUACCGCACCGGUGUCACCCGGUACAAGCUCGUCGGCCAAGAUGGCGCCGGCAUGCUUCUAUUCUGGCACCGUCUCCCUCACCGUCUGCAUUGGCACCGACGACAAGGGCGAGGCGGCACUCAUGCGGCGCUACCUGGACGCCUUCGCCGACGUGAAGAGGGCACCGGUGCUGCUGCUCGUUCGCGAAUCGGCAGAGCCGCCGCCAGGGGUGGCCGCUGAGGCCGGCACGGCGAUGACAGCGGAACACCUGUACGCGUGGUGGUGCACCUUUGUUCUCGCCCCGCAUCAGAUGAUCUCUGCAGCGUCUGUGGAGCAGUUGCUACGCUGGGCGCGUGAGCUGCGGCCGACGGUUCUCUUUCACGUGCACCGCGAACGGAUGGCGAUGCAUGCCCUGCUGCGUCAACAACUGAGCACGUAUGCUGCUCGCUUUGACUAA